AUUUAUGAGUUCUCAGUCGGGUCUUUACCAUCCUUUUCUUUUUACUCACUCUCUCUGAUGACCGCUCGGUCCCCCAACCAUCACUCUCCUCCAUCUUCACCUUCUCGCUUGAGCCGCAUCGCCGAAAUCUUUCGUUUCUCUCUCUACAAAUCCACCACCAACUUUAUCUCUCUACUCGCUCCCCGUCUCAAACACAUCGUUUCUAAAACCCUAGAUUUAUUGUCCAUGGACUCACUCUUCUUCUCCGAAGACGACGACUACUACUUCGAUCGUUAUCGAAAUCACCACCACCAAAUCCAACCCCUCUCGGAGGUCAACGACGAUCGACUCUACUUCGUUCCUUACAGGUGGUGGAAUGAGGCUCGACAGUCGCUGUUCCGCGAUUUGAGUGAGAUUGAAGGUCUUCAGUACGCGGUUACGUUGUCUGGUUCUCGUUUGGGCCCAGUGCAGAUUGGUGGCUAUGGUUCUCAGUCCGAAAUUCUUCUCAAUUUGAGGAGAGAAGAAGAUGCCGAGAAGCAUGAGAGUACCGAAGAAGGUGCUUCGGGUGGCGAUUGCGCUUUGGUUUUAGAAUGGAUGUUUUUGCGGGCUCUUAAAUGGCAUAACAAUGCCAAGGAUGUUGAAAACUUUUUAGCUGCAGAAAAUAGCACCUGGGAUUUGUUUCCUUUACAAAUCAGGCUUUCUGUUUUGUUGGAUUCAACUUCAUUGGUUGUAAGAAUUACCCAAAAGGACAAUGAAGUCACGGCUUUCAAUAGAGCUUGCAAUAUUUUCUGUGUCAAGUCUGGGCUGUUUAGCAUUUGGGACUUCUCAGGGCAGAUAACCCAGUUUUUCAUGAAUGAUAAAAUUAAAUUAUCUAAUGAAGCUGGCCAAUCAGAUGCAGAGAUUCUUCUGGAAUUGCAAGUUUAUGGAUUUUCAUAUUGCACGAGGGCUAUAGAAGGGAGGAAUGAUGAGAUGGAAGUGGAACAGUCCAAAAUUGGAGAUUCUUGUAAUAGUGGUUUGCUUAAGAUGAAUGGAAGCACUGACCAUGUCGAUUCAUAUUUUAGAGUUAACUCGUCUACACCAUUUGGCCGUAACUAUAGUGGACCUUGCGUUUUGGGCUUAACAGGGUUAUAUAAUCUUGGCAAUACUUGUUUCAUGAACAGUGCGAUCCAGUGCUUGGUACAUACUCCAGAGCUUGUGGAUUAUUUUCUUGGAGACUAUAGAAAAGACGUAAACACUGAAAAUCCCUUGGGCAUGAAUGGUGAGCUCGCUUUAGCAUUUGGAGACUUGUUAAGGAAGUUAUGGACACCAGGAGCAACAUCAGUGGCUCCACAUUCUUUCAAGUCUAAACUUGCUGACUUUGCUCCCCAAUUCAGUGGCUAUAACCAGCAUGAUUCCCAAGAAUUUCUUGCCUUUUUGUUGGAUGGACUCCAUGAAGAUCUGAAUCGGGUAAAAUGCAAACCUUAUAUAGAUUUAAAGGAUGCAGAUGACCAUCCUGAUGAAGAAGUAGCAGAUGAACACUGGCAAAAUCAUCUGGCUCGCAAUGACUCCAUCAUAGUUGAUGUGUGCCAAGGUCAAUAUAGGUCAACAUUGGUUUGUCCUGCUUGCAAGAAGAAGUCUGUUACAUUUGAUCCAUUCAUGUAUCUAUCCUUGCCACUACCUUCAACAACAAUGCGAAUGAUGACUCUGAUGGUCGUGAGUACUGAUGGAACUGCUUUGCCAUUUCCAGUUACCAUAACUGUACCUAUAUAUGGAAGGUGUAAGGAUCUUGUUCAGGCCUUAAGCACUGCAUGUUCUUUGAGAGAUGAUGAAACAUUCUUGGUGGCCGAGAUCUUCAACCACCACAUUAUUCGUCUGUUGGAUAAGCCGUCUGAUUCUAUAGAGUUGAUUAGAGAUAAUGAUAAGCUUGUUGCUUAUCGCUUGCCAAUAGAUAGUGAGAUGUCUCCUUUGGUUGCAUUUAAUCAUGAACGGGUUGAGAGGGCCAGGCAUUACAAUUACAUUCAUGGAACCUCAUCUUUAAAGAAAUUUGGUAUUCCUCUUGUAGCAAGGAUAUCUAAUCUUUCUAGAGGAUCCGAGAUACACAAACAGUUCUUGAAGUUACUAAAACCUUUUUUACUGCCAGUGGAAAAUUCCUUGAGUGAUUCUGAUGAUGUCCAAAAUUCUGGUAAUAAAGAUUUUGAGAUGGAGGAUGUCGUUAACACUGCAGUAUUCGGAGGGGAUGCAAAUUCAGAUAGUGAAUCAGGGGAUUAUUCGCAUUUGGGUGCCAACUUUCAGUUUCAAUUAAUGGAAGAAAGGGGAUUGUAUGAUUUGUAUCCAAAAGGUCCCAAGAUACAAAUGAAUGAGCCUGUACAGAUAACAGGGUUGCCAGAUAUUAUAAAUGUGCUUGUUUCUUGGCCAAAUGAAAUGGUUGAACUUUAUGACACUUGCCUUCUAAGCACAUUGCCGGAGAUCUGCAAAACUGGAUUGUUCACAAAGAAGCCUCAAGAAUCUGUUUCUCUAUAUAAAUGCCUUGAAGCCUUCUUGAAGGAGGAGCCCCUUGGACCAGAAGACAUGUGGUACUGCCCUAAGUGCAAGAACCAUCAGCAAGCCAGCAAAAAGCUAGAUCUUUGGAGAUUGCCUGAAAUUCUGGUUAUUCAUCUUAAGAGGUUCUUUUACAGCCGGUUUUUGAAAAACAAGCUGGAAACGUUUGUAGACUUCCCAAUAGAUAACUUUGAUCUCUCAUCUUACAUUGUUUGCAAGGACAGCCGGGUUUCCCAUCAUUACAUGUUGUAUGCUGUCAGUAAUCAUUAUGGUAGCAUGGGCAGUGGUCAUUAUACUGCAUUUGUCCAACAUGGGCAUAAUCGGUGGUAUGAGUUUGAUGACAGCCAUGUUCUCCCUGUUAGUGAGGACCAGAUAAAAACAUCAGCUGCCUAUGUCCUUUUCUACCGAAGAAUUUAAGAUAUAUGAUAUAACACCCAUAGAGUUGCAGCAGUAGGGAGAGCGGAUGAAACAAGCACCCUUUUCUUCUAAAGCUUUUCAUUCGUUCUCUCCAAAAGUAAGUUGUCAUUUUUUUUUGCCAAUGGGAACAAAAUUACUCAGAACCCACUCGAGAGGUAACAGAAAUGGUGGACGUGAUGUGUAUAUAUGUUAUUUUCGGUGCCAACAUGUGGGUUCUUGUCAAAGAGCAGUCCUUUAACACCAAAAUGAACAGAGGAUGCUGUGAUAUUCAUUAAUUUUUUGAAUUGAUGGCUUCGCUGCCCGUGAGUCUGAAAAUUGUGUAUAUAUGAUUUCAUAUAGUGAAUAUGUUCAAAGUUUUCUUAUUUUCUUUCAAGAAGAGGCUAGUAGUUUUUUGGUGUCUUA